AGUGGGGUCCUCUCAGCCAGUGACGUAAUUCCCCAGCGCCUCGGUAACUCUUCAAAACAGUGAUCCGUUGUGAUAUUUGUAUAUUUCUGACAUAGUUUCUCUCCGAGAUUAUCAGAAUGGCUUUGGAAACGGUCCCUAAAGACCUCCGCCAUCUGCGAGCGUGUCUCCUGUGCUCGUUAGUGAAGACCAUCGACCAGUUUGAAUAUGACGGCUGUGAUAACUGUGAGUCUUACCUCCAGAUGAAGGGCAACAGAGAGAUGGUUUAUGAAUGCACGAGCUCCUCGUUUGAUGGGGUGGUGGCCAUGAUGAGUCCUGAGGACAGCUGGGUCGCUAAAUGGCAGAGGAUAGGAAACUUCAAACCAGGUGUUUAUGCCGUGUCAGUGACGGGCAGACUACCUCCAGGUGUGGUGAGGGAGCUGAAAAGCAGAGGAGUGAUCUAUAAAUCCAGAGAUACCGCAGUGAAGUCGUAAACCUUUAAUACCGCUGCCAACAGCGGGACUACUUUAAACGAUGUCUGUGAUGUCUUCUGGAUUUUUUUCAACUGUUUCAUUUGUUGUUUUAAGUUGUGAUUUCACAUGUAGGUUUGUUUUUUUCAUUUGGAGGAAGAAGUUUUUAUUUCUGUGAAUCAUUGAGAAAAUAAAGUUCUGUUUUAUAAGA